UCCUGAAUAGGCAAAAGGAGUCCAACGCACGGCUGGCAAAGUUAGAGGAAAAUGUAAUUCGCGUUUCUGUUUUUGAUAAAUGUAUUUUCUCAUUGUAAAAAUACUUCUCAUACUUAAGCAAACGACUGUAAUACAAAAUCAAGCCAUUCUUAGCCAGGGAUUGGCUAGUAUUGUAGCCAACCAAGAGGAGAUAGCUAAGGAGCUAGAGAAAAUAAAUAUAAGUAUCGAAAAGAACCCGGAGGCGAUGGCUCAGACGAAGGCGCUAAGAGAGUGUAAGGUGGCGGUUAGAAAAAUUGAGAUGUCAGUUUGCCGCCUGACGGGAGAGUUGGAGGACACGUUCAUGAACGAGGUCACCAGCAUGCUCCCAUUAGCAACUACCACUGGGGUGCUGAAUGUGGAAGAAUGGCUUCAAGUUCAAGAGUUUGCCCAAGCAAUGACUUCGUAUUUGAACAAAAUGAAGGGGACAUCAGAAGAUGUCGGCACUGUCAUUCGCGGCAUCUUCACGGAUGACCUGCUUCACAACUACAAUUGGGACGGGACAUGGGCGCUUUAUAAACUUAAUAUUAUUAAUAAUAUUCUGCGAGGUACUUUCUUUAAUCUACCAAAGAAAAGCUAUUUUUAUAAGAUAUCUUUUUGCAUUUCAUUUCAGAUGUAUUCCAGAAACAAGGGGCCCUCAACUUCGAAAGAAGUGUGCGAAAGGCGGUAGAACUGAGCCACCAUCGCGUUCAACAAAAAAAAUAUUUAAAAAAGGGGAAACAAAAUUAACUUUUUUUAUCUUUUAGUAUCUUCUGCCUUAAGUUUAAACUAUUUUGAAAUAAU